AAAUUCAUAGUUCAAUUCAGAUAAUGUUUUUGCUGUUCUUAACUUGAUUUAAAUGAGUUUUAUUUUCAAUUUUGUUGCUGCAAUCAUACGCAAAAUGCUGGAGCUGCUGCAGAUUGGAGGCAAGCUAACGCACACGCUGAGCAUUUACGUGAAAACGAACACAGGUCGCACUUUAUCGGUCAACUUGGAGCCACAGUGGGACAUAAAGAACGUGAAGGAGCUGGUGGCGCCUCAACUGGGACUCCAGCCGGAGGAGGUGAAGAUCAUAUUUGCAGGCAAAGAACUCAGCGAUGCGACCACCAUUGAGCAAUGUGAUCUGGGGCAACAAAGUGUGCUGCAUGCCAUACGACUACGUCCCCCUACGCAGCGGGAGCGAGAGCGGCAGGCCAGCACUCUGAUGGAGGAGGAGCCAACCGCAGAGGAGCCAUCGAAGCCGCUGAAUGAAACGCUGCUCGAUCUGCAGCUGGAAAGCGAGGAACGUCUCAACAUCACCGACGAGGAGCGUGUACGGGCCAAGGCGCACUUCUUUGUCCACUGUGGCCAGUGCGAUAAGCUGUGCAAGGGCAAACUGCGGGUGAGGUGCUCCCUCUGCAAAGGUGGCGCCUUCACUGUCCAUCGUGAUCCCGAGUGCUGGGACGAUGUGCUCAAGCCGCGACGCAUUCGUGGCCACUGCGAGAGUCUCGAAAUUGCCUGUGUGGACAACGAUGCGGGAGAUCUGCCCUUUGUCGAGUUCUACUUCAAGUGUGCGGAACAUGUUUCGGGCGGAGAAAAGGACUUUGCAGUUCCCUUAAAUUUAAUUAAAAAUAACAUCAAAGAUGUGCCCUGUUUAGCCUGCACGGAAGUGAGUGAAACGGUUCUGGUUUUUCCGUGUGCCUCGCAGCACGUCACCUGCAUCGAUUGCUUCCGCGAUUAUUGUCGCUCGCGUCUCAGUGAACGCCAGUUUAUGCCGCAUCCGGACUUUGGUUACACGCUGCCAUGUCCUGCCGGCUGUGAGCACUCCUUUAUUGAGGAGAUACAUCACUUUAAGCUGCUAACCCGCGAGGAGUACGAUCGUUAUCAACGCUUUGCCACUGAGGAGUUUGUACUUCAGGCUGGAGGUGUACUUUGCCCUCAACCUGGCUGUGGCAUGGGUUUGCUUGUGGAGCCCGAUUGUCGCAAGGUAACCUGCCAGAGCGGUUGUGGCUAUGUCUUCUGUCGCAAUUGCCUGCAGGGCUAUCACAUUGGCGAAUGCUUGCCCGAGGGUGCCACAGGCAGUGCACAAAACUCCUGUGAAUACACCGUGGAUCCUAACCGCGCUGCCGAAGCUCGCUGGGAGGAGGCCAGCAAUGUAACCAUCAAAGUCAGCACCAAACCCUGUCCAAAAUGUCGCACACCCACGGAGCGUGAUGGUGGCUGCAUGCACAUGGUCUGCACACGCGCUGGUUGCGGCUUCGAGUGGUGUUGGGUCUGUCAAACCGAAUGGACGCGUGACUGCAUGGGCGCCCAUUGGUUUGGCUAAAUCUCGUUCUUGUCUUGGAAAAGAGUACAUUAUUUAAUCUUUCGUUUAUUUGUUGACUAUUCUGUAUACGUUUUGCCUUUUAUAAAGACUGUUAAAGUAACUAAAAGAAAGUAAAUAUUGAAAACAAAGUUUUAAAAAUUAUAAUAAAUAUGAAACUAUAACU